UGUUAAUCCUCUGUCGUGCUUUGGUAAUUGUAUUGAUUAGAGUUGAUAACUGUCUUGACUUGAUUUUUGUCCCUUUAAAACUGCUGUACCUGUAUGAUAAAGAUGCAGUACCUUUCUCUUAAAAAAAAAUGAUAUGGAAAGCUGUGAGAAUUGAAGAGACAAAUUGGCUGUGUCAGUGUGGGGUUAUGUCAUGAUUUCUAGAAGCCCUGAAGUUGCUCUUUUCAGCAGCUUUGCGUGACACGCUCUAGUAAAAGGUGUGCAUCUUUAAAUUAUUUCAUGGAUACUUUAAAAAAUAUUGUAUCAUUUCAAAUACAGCAAUAAGUUUAUAUGUUCUCAAGAUUUCAUUUGUUUUUAAGAAUUUAAAGUUCAUGGAUUAAUAUCACUACUUGAAUACUGAAAGUUGCUGAUUAGACACCGAAAGGUUACUGAUUGUUGGGUGUGUCUGUGUUAGAGCUGUGCACUGGCACGCUUGCAUCAGGGGGUGUGGCCAUAUGGCCGCCACACAGAUUCCCCCAUGAUGCCUGGAGCUGCUUCCAGAGCCAGGUGCCUCCAAGAGGCACCUGUAGGACUUAACCAUUUAGAAAUCUCUGAGUGGGUUUGUAUGUUACCUUCUCCAAGGUUUAUUUAGGACAAAGAUAUUGGGGGAGGGUCAUGGGUCAGAUUCCCGCAUGACCCGCCUCGUCUGCGGGUGCAGCCCCACUCCAAGGCUUACCGUUAUUGGGGUAUGUGAGGAGCAGUAAAUAUAAAACCAGUUCACCUGUCCUCAUGGAAUUACCCUUUCUGUUUUUGCAGUAUUCAUAAAGCUAGUAUAAGGUCUGGUUGUAGUCUGUUAAAUCUUAGAGAUCUAAAGGAAAUGCUCAAAAUGUAGCCAGGUUUUAAAUGCUUUAACUUUUAAAAAAUGUAAAUUUUUGUAUAUUUAUAGCUUCUAAAUAUGAAAGUUAAAGAAUGUACUAUGAUGAAAUGUUCAGUAUUGUGUUGCUUCUCGGUAUUGUGUUGCUUCUUCAGUAUUGUGUUGCUUCUGAUUCUAUGAAUGUUCAUUUUAAGACUCCUUGUUGAAAUGGGACAGUUGGCAGCGGCUCUGAUGAGCCCAAGAAGAGGCCUGCCCUUGGGUGCGGAGCCUCCCUCCACACGAUGCUCCCACGCGUCCAACUUGCACCCAAGGGGCUUUUCCCUCUUCCAAGUGGACUCCUUCAAGGAAGCUGCAGCUCGGUCAGCAGAGAAGGGGCCUGCCGCCAGCGCCCUGGAGGAAGAGGAAGAGGAACCCAAGAGGAUGGCUUGUCUCCCAGCAGCCGCACCGGCUUUGUGCUCAGCCAGUUCAUUUGAGAAUUACAUGAACGACAGCCUUCGCACCGACGUCUUCGUGCGGUUCCAGCCAGAGAGCAUCGCCUGUGCCUGCAUUUAUCUUGCUGCCCGGACGCUGGAGAUCCCUUUGCCCAAUCGUCCCCAUUGGUUUCUUUUGUUUGGAGCAACUGAAGAAGAAAUUCAGGAAAUCUGCUUAAAGAUCUUGCAGCUUUAUGCCCGGAAAAAGGUUGAUCUCACACACCUGGAGGGUGAAGUGGAAAAGAGAAAGCACGCUAUCGAAGAGGCAAAGGCCCAAGCCCGGGGCCUGCUGCCUGGGGGCGCACAGGUGCUAGAUGGUACCUCAGGGUUCUCUCCUGCCCCCAAGCUGGUGGAAUCCCCCAAAGAAGGUAAAGGGAGCAAGCCUUCGCCACUGUCUGUGAAGAACAACAAGAGGAGGCUGGAGGGCAGCAAAAAAGCCAAGGCGGACAGCCCCGUGAACGGCUUGCCAAAGGGGCGAGAGAGUCGAAGUCGGAGCCGGAGCCGUGAGCAGAGCUACUCGAGGUCCCCAUCCCGAUCAGCAUCUCCUAAGAGGAGGAAAAGUGACAGCGGCUCCACAUCUGGUGGGUCCAAGUCGCAGAGCCGCUCCCGGAGCCGGAGUGACUCCCCACCGAGACAGGCCCCCCGCAGCGCUCCCUACAAAGGCUCUGAGAUUCGGGGCUCCAGGAAGUCCAAGGACUGCAAGUACCCCCAGAAGCCACACAAGUCUCGGAGCCGGAGUUCUUCCCGUUCUCGAAGCAGGUCACGGGAGCGGGUGGAUAAUCCGGGAAAAUACAAGAAGAAAAGUCAUUACUACAGAGAUCAGCGACGGGAGCGCUCGAGGUCAUAUGAACGCACAGGCCGUCGCUAUGAGCGGGACCACCCUGGGCACAGCAGGCAUCGGAGGUGAGGCGGGGUUGCAGUGACUGGCGGCCGCAGGCCCUUCCCUGGGGGGUACCUGGUGGCUGCCCUUUGACCCCCCCGGUGUGCUCUCAGCGCAAGUGGCCCUAGAGCAGGAUUCUUAUUGGAAAUGUAUGUUGACUGGACCUUGGUGGAUUUGGAAAUGGAACUGAGGGACCGGUGACACAUGCUUCAGACCGGUCUGGGGUAUAGUGCACCCCUGGGCCGGUGCAGGGCCCAGCUCGGCAGCAGCUCUGAGGGCAGCUCAAUGAAAAAGUGAAUGCACACGCCCUUGAUGGCGUGGCCUGGCAUGGCCUGGUGUGGCCUGGUGCUAUCAGCAGCUGCUCUCCACUCCCCGACUGAUAAUUACGUGAAGCCAAGAAAGAUGAUAUUUAGAACCUUUGCCUAUAUUAGGUUGUACUUAUGUACAUAUUUUGCAGUGUUUCACAGGAGAAAAUGGCCUUAACUGCCCCUUAUUCUCUCUCCACGUUGUAAAUAAACAUGUGUUUAAUACAAGUUAAAGCUAUAUAUGAAAACUCAGAACUUGAAUCCUGUCAGCUUAAAACUUGUGUAGGGAAUCCUGACUUUUAAAAUGUGAGGGUAUUUGGAUCUGUGUUGAAAGUCAUAUAUUUUUAUCUGUGCAGUGCUGAGUGCAGGCCACCAGCUCCUAAAUAGAGGUUCCCUAUAUGCGCGUAUGACAUGGUGAAUAAACACAACUCUCUCCACUCAGGA